GCAAGCGACUCGCACCACAACAUUGCGUCUGAAGUAUUGCGCUCCCCUGUUUAUUGUUGGUUAUUGGCCAGUCUGUGUCGCUUUUUCUCCCCCUCCCCCAUGGGCACAUUCUCUAAAUCUCUCGGACGAAUGAAAUUUGCGGAUUUUUUUCCUUUCUUAAAGGCGCUUCGCACCACUGGGAAAACAUGCUUGGGCGAGCUAGCGUGCUAGCAUACGGCUCCCCCGCAGGGGCGCGACGUGCUGUGGGGAGUCGGCGCACCAAGGUCUGGUCGGUUACGCCUCAAAACACGUGCUAACCGAAUGAAACCGCUCACGCCGCGGGGAUCAUUCACCUUUCCCCCAGGGAACAUGGAGGGCUGAAGGCUCGACGCGAACUGUGCAGCAACUACCGCCGCUCACGGCCUGGUCGCGGUCGAAGAGGACUCACUGACUGGUUUCCCCAUGGACGACUGCGGGAUGUACAGAUGACGAGAGGACGACCGAAACACAAGUCAGCCUGCGUAUGAACCGCCAGCCUCGGGCGUGAUUUAAAACGCGUCGGACAACAUGUGACGAAAGCUCGUCGUCCGAUGCGAAGCCGCCGUCAGGAUGCCUCGUCUGGAAGAGUUGGCCAAUGUUGCCCUGAGGGUGCCGAGCAUAUUGGUGCUGGACCUGCUCUAUAAAUGUGACAUUGAUGGCUUGACAGAGCACCUCAAGGCUAAGAACGAGGACAUGCUCUUCAAAUACAAAUAUGCCAUCUGGAACAUGUACUACCUAGGUCACCUGUUCAACCUGGUGGUGUUGGUUCUGCCAUUGAGACACAUUAUAACGCUCUACCUCCAUAUCCUUGCUGCCCUUCUCCUAUAUGUAGGGCAUCAGAUUUCCAAGGACUAUGUACGCGAGGAAGUGCACUACGGUUAUGAAGGGGCUUUGUAUCUUGAUUCUCUGGCCUUCAACCGAUUCGUCUCUGCACUGACGAGCCAGAUUAUUCUCAGCACGCUGUGUGCCUUUCUGAUGAAGACUAGAAAGGUGUGGCUGUUUUCUGCCCACAUGCUGCCCCUGCUGGCCCGUCUCUGCUCCGCACCCCACACCACGCUGCUAACCGUCAGCGUCUUCUCCAUGGGUCUGACCGCAGCUGGCAUUGCCAUAUUCCUUCUUUCCAAUCUCUUUGUGCCAUACCGCCUGGCAAGGGCUGCCUAUUCAGAGCUGCUUCAGCUGGAGGUAAUAGAACUGUACAGACUCCUGGCCGUGGGGAUUUCUCUGUGGAACCAGUUUGCCGUCCCAGUGCUCUUCAGUAUCUUCUGGCUUGUUCUGUUCAUCGUCCAGCUGUGCUCAGAUGCUAUGGCUGGCAGCAGCACCUCAGCAGGCCAUCAGGGAAUCAUGUUCUUCCUGCUCACAAGUGUCUCUGAGUGUUGCGCCACACCCUACUCCCUCCUGGGCCUGACAUUUGUGGUGUCCUACCUAGCUCUCGGGCUGCUCAACCUAUGCAAGUUCUACCUGGGAGGUUACGCAGCUGUUCAGAAUGAGAAUGUCAUGCACAGAGGUGUCACUGAGGGCGUCACUCUGCUCCUGCUGGCGCUCCAGACGGGUCUACUGGAUAUGCAGGCACUGCAGCGCACCUUCCUCCUCAGCAUUAUCCUCUUCAUCGUGGUGACGUCUACGUUGCAGUCUAUGAUUGAGAUAACGGACCCAGUUAUCCUAGCCCUGGGAGCAUCACGCAAUAGGAGUCUAUGGAAACACUUCCGCGGCCUCAGCAUGUGUCUGCUGUUACUGGUGUUCCCAGGUUUCAUGGCGUAUAAAAUGUCCCAGUUCUUCCACAUGGACUUCUGGCUGCUUAUAUUGGUCUCCAGCUGCAUGCUCACAUCUCUUCAGGUUACAGGUACCAUGCUUAUCUAUUCGCUCUUCAUGGUGGAGCUGUUUUGUAGUGACCCCAUCGACAGCCUGGAUGAGGUCAUCUACUGGGUGAACGCCGUCAGCAGAGUUCUGGAGUUUGUGGUGGCCCUCUGCGUGGUAGCAUACGGCACAUGGGAGUCCCUGUUCGGCGAGUGGAGUUGGAUGGGUGCCUCCGUCAUCAUCAUCCACUCUUACUUCAAUGUUUGGCUCAGGGCGCAGUCCGGCUGGAAGAGCUUCCUACUCAGGCAGGAAGCGGCAAAGAAGAUUAACUCCCUACCCAGAGCCACGACUCUACAACUGCAGCAGCACAAUGAUGUCUGCUCAAUCUGCUUCCAGGAAAUGAAUGCUGCGGUGAUCACUUACUGCGGACAUUUCUUCCAUGGCAACUGCCUUCGAAAGUGGCUGUAUGUGCAGGAAACUUGCCCUAUGUGCCACCAGGCAGUUCGACCUGCCCCGCUUGGUCAAGGUCGGGGUUCAGGAGACGCUCAGGCAGAACCGCCUCAGAGAGAGACGGGGCUUGAUCUAGCUGCACAGGAGAGAGAUGAGAAUCCAGGCAACGGUAAUUCACAAGAGGCCCCAAGUACUCCACUAACUCCUGGCCCCACAGAACAACAGGCGGGAGCUGUGGCCACAGCAGAAGGAGUCCGUGGUACGGCUGAUGAGGGAUCCCCAGAUGACCCACACAGGGAAGCCAUCCAAGGACUUCGUUUUAGCUCCAGUGGGGACUUUGUUGGAUUUGUUAACCCAGCAUUUAGCUCCACUUUAGGGGCAGAUACUGGUUCUCAUGCGCCAUGGGAUAAAGCUUCUUAUGCUAACCAGAACAAUUCAGGUAAGUGGAGCAGUGAGGGGCAGUUGAGAGGAGAGACAGCAUGUUCGGAGGUAGCUGACUCCCCACAGCUGCCAUAUGCUCCUUACCCCAUAAAGAAAGAUGACCUGGAGAGGAUAUCUAGAUGCAGGGGAGAUGGACCUCACAUGCAACCGGAAGACCUCUCUACCUCCCCUGACAAAAUAUUACAAGAUAGAGAUGCUGACUGUGAGAGCAUUGAGAAAAAAUGUAUCGGCCCAGUAACUAAAGAGAACAUCACUAAAGGCAGUGAGUCAAGAGAUUUAAGUGACUGGGGGGAAAUGGAUCCCCCAUGUGAAAAUGGAUCCGAGCAAUCACUGCACAAGGAAACUCAAAGGAACCAAAUAAUUACAAGUGGGUCAUCAAAUAACGAAAGACAGACUACAGCCAGAGAUGGGGCAGCUAAAAUGUGGGAUAGCCUUGAUUCAGCAGAAGGAAAUGGCGUUGACAAACUUCCAGUUGCUGAGUCAUGUGACUCAGGCCCUAAAAGCCAAAUAUCUAUCAAAGUAAACAGUGGAAACACUGAACUAUCAGACAAUGUGGACAGUCAUCAAAUUCGAUAGUAAAGGUGAGCACACACAUUCAGACCUGGACUUUUGAUAGACUCUUAAGAGGGUGAAUCUGCCCCACAAUGGGUGCCGCGGAUGCUGCCUAUUCUUGCACGGGAACGGAGAAGGAGUGACCACCUGGCAAUGGUGCCUUGAAAGGACGCGACACACUCGCCUUCUCUCUGGGAUACAAAAAGGAAAACAAUUGUGACCUUUAACUGACAGUCUAAUGAAUGUGAUUCUAUCCAGUACAUAAAGACGUGUCUGGGUUCAGUUUAGAGAUCAGGUUUUGGGGCAAAAGUCAUGGUGCAAUUGUGCAGAAGUAGAAAAAUGAACUAUACGUGCAACAUUUAACACAGCUGUCAUAUUUAGCAAUUUCUAGCAGGUGUCCAGUAAACCUGUUCAUUAUGAGAAAUGGAAGUUGUUGGAUUUCAGUUUUCUUUUCCCCACUGCCCUGUUUUUUUAAUUUUAAUCUAUAGUAAAUCUGUACUCUUUUGGACGUCGGUUAUAUGGGGUGGUGUGUUUGUAAAAAAAAAGAAAACAACUUCAAUUGCCUUUGCAGUGCACACACACACACAUAAGUUUUUUUUAUUGCACAGUCUGUUUUUCAGUAUUAAGUCAUUGCUGUGAAUCCAUACUUUUUACUGUGGUCUGUUCUUUGAAUCAAAAGUCACGACGCGGUGCACAAUCUGUGUAAAAGUGCGACACGAGUUUAUUAAACUUGUAACAAA